GGAGCCCAAGGCCAGAGGUAGCGGAGAACGGAGGUAGGAGGAAUGGAGGGGGAGCAGGAAACGAGACGGUCCAAAUUCAAAAGGAUAUGUGUUUUCUGUGGCAGUAGCCAGGGUAAGAAGAGAAGCUACCAGGAUGCUGCAGUGGAGCUCGGCAAGGAAUUGGUGUCGAGGAACAUUGAUCUGGUUUAUGGUGGGGGUAGUGUUGGUUUGAUGGGCUUGGUUUCCCAAGCCGUUCAUGAUGGCGGGAGGCAUGUCAUUGGGGUCAUACCAAAGACUCUCAUGCCCCGAGAGAUAACGGGAGAAACUGUAGGAGAAGUGAAGGCAGUUGCAGAUAUGCACCAGAGGAAGGCGGAGAUGGCUAGACACUCUGAUGCCUUUAUGGCCUUGCCUGGAGGAUAUGGAACUCUUGAAGAGCUGCUUGAAGUGAUAACAUGGGCUCAAUUAGGCAUUCAUGAUAAGCCGGUGGGACUGCUGAAUGUGGAUGGAUACUACAACUCCUUGCUAUCUUUCAUUGACAAAGCAGUAGAGGAAGGUUUCAUUAGCCCAAAUGCCCGUCAUAUCAUUGUAUCUGCUCCAACAGCAAAGGAAUUGGUGAAGAAGUUAGAGGAGUACUUCCCUCGCCACGAAGGAGUUGCUUCCAAGCUAAACUGGGAGAUGGAACGGCUAGGCUAUUCCUCAAAACAUGAGAUUUCUAGGUAGGAAGGACAAGUAUUCCGGGGCUAAGAGGCAAAAGAAAUUGAACCACAUAUUGGCAAGUGAGAGCUUCGCAUUGGAAAGGCAAGAAACUGUCUACUGCGAGAAAAUGCUUCGAGAUUCUCUCUCUUUUCUUUCAGUAAAAUAGAUAAAGCUUGACUUGCUCGUCUUU